AUGUACGUAUCGUUAAGAUCACCUUCAGGUCAUUUCUGUGGAGGAACCAUUAUAAAAAAUCGAUUCGUAUUAACUGCGGCACAUUGUUGCAUAUAUGAGCGUCAAUAUCUUUUUGUUGUCACAGGAUCUACAAAAUUAUCUCAUAAUAGUACUCGGUUUGAAGUCGAAGAUAUAAUCAAACAUGAAUCUUAUGAUCCGAUAUUAGUGGAGAACGAUGUAGCAAUAAUAAAGAUCAAGGGUGAAUUUCAAUAUUCAAACAAAACGGCACCUAUACUUGUGCGAAAUCAAGAAACCUUAAAACCUGACACUUCGUGCUUGGUUUCAGGCUGGGGCACAACAAACGAGGCCAUCAAGUUACCGUCUGAACACCUUAUGAAAGUCGAAGUGAACAUAGUAGAAAAAGCUCAAUGCUCAAAAUUAUUCGCCGGAAUAAGUUCCAUAACAGAAGCUAUGUUGUGUGCCAGUUUUCCAGGCGGAGGCAGAGAUGCAUGCUCGGGCGACUCUGGCGGGCCUCUUGUAUGCGACGGAAUCUUAACAGGAGUUGUUUCUUGGGGUGUAUAUUGCGGACAUCCAGAUUAUCCGGGAGUUUACACAAAUAUAUCACAUUAUAAUAAUUGGAUCAAUACAACUAUACUUAAGCUGGAGGAAAGCGACUAUAUAUCUUCAAAUACAUUUAUUCCUACAUCGACUUCAAAUACAUUUAUCCCUACAUGGACUUCAAAUACUAUUACUCCUACAUCGACGGAUCGAACCGAUAACAAACAAAAUGUUUCUAAUAUACAUGAGAGAAUUUUAGCAAAAAAAGUUGACGGAAAAUUUUUCUUAUCUACUAAUUACAAAGAAACUUUUGGUGAAUCGACGCGCAAUACUAAUCAAAAGUCCUUAUCUAGUAUCAUUGAAUGGCUUUUGGAUUUUUAA